CCACACGCCAAAGUUUGAGCUGCCUCAGCCUCUCAACCGCAAGCGCUACCCAGAAUUGCCUCGAGAUGGAGUUGCUCGAUUUUCCGGCGGAGCUGUUCGCUCAGGUCAUCCAUCUGCUGGUAGACGGUGUGGGCGUCUGUGAUGCUUUCAAGUACAGAGCCGUCUGCAGAGCCUUUGCUGCUGAGAUCUUUCAGAAUGUGACGGCGCACCAGCCCGCCAACGCUUUUCUCUUGCCCAAGUCCCACGGCCCUACAAGGAGUAGUCAAGCGUACAAUGCAUUCAAGCGGCUUUUUAUCCAAUACGGGGCCGUUAUACUUCGCAGUCGACUCGCUGGGCUUUCGGCAUUCUCUUCUCCCGUCGCGUUGUGGGCCAAGGAACUUGUGGAGAUCCUGGUUGACAUGGAAGGCUCCGGUGCCGAAGCGGUCCGGGAUGCAUACGCUGCAGAUAUAUGUGCUUCUAUCGCCGUCAAUCUCCGUGAGCGCGCAUAUGACGCCAUUGUUCUGGAUUCAAACUGGGUAGGGCGAUACGACAGCCAAAAGCUUGAAUUCGACAAGUCAGCGGAGCACUUCCCUCAUCUAUUACCCGCAGCUGCGGCUGCCGUGGGCAACGUCGAACUCUUCCAGGCUACUAUUGCACCUGCAUUCGAUCCACUGGAAGCAGCGUAUCCGUUCAAAAGUGCGCUCACCGCUGCAGCUGCGACGGGCAAGACAAAGGUCAUGGAGAAGGUCUUCGGUCAGCUAUCAGUUGCCCUCGACGCGGACGCCACGUCUGGAAACCUAAGAGUUACAACUAAGGUCGCUGCCCCACUGUACGAUGCCCUCCGAGCUUGUAUCCAUGCGUCUCGUCCUGCAGCCGCCGAAGCUAUCUACGACUUCCUUCUUCGGACUCAGAACCAAUGUCUUGACAAAUACAUAGCUAGUCGGAAGGAAAAGCUCAUGAGGUUGUGUAUCGAAUAUGGCGAGCCUCGCACAGCUGACUGUGUGAUUGGUUUCAUCGGUGGGGGCAAAUUCAGCAUAGCCCUCUGCCAAUAUCUCUUCAGCCAUGGGGACGGCAGUGUCCUCCGUCUCUUGAUUGAGAAGGGCUACAUCGACCCCAACAUGGCGAAGUGCUUCGUCGACCACAGUCAUCUUUCCACAACCACUCCACUCGCCGUCGAGCUUAACGCGAACUGCAUCCACUUGUUCGAGACCCUACUCAGCGGCGGCGCGGACAUCGACGGAACGCCCGACAUCCACCUUGGGGUCAGUCUGCUAUGGCAUGCAGCGAAUGCCGGGAAUGAGGAUCGCGUAAAGUUCCUGCUUGGCCAUGGAGCAGACCCGGAGUCUCACGAGGACUGGCGAUCGCCUCUACAAGUCGCGAAGGAGCGAGGACGGGCAGAGAUAACCGAUAUGCUUCUCGAGGCGAAGCAGGCGCGAGGAGGUGGGACUGAGAUGUAGGCGGAGAUGUCCCACGUGCGCAAGACUGGCUCGUAGGGCUCUACUGCGACCCCUCUUUAGGCAUGAUCCCAUAUUUGGGGUGCUUGUCCCAGAUAUGCUACCUAAGUAAACUGAUGCUCUACACGUUGGGGGGCGAGACAAUUAUUGGGUUUGCUAAGGCAUCCGUCCUACCUACCUAGGUAGGCACUUAAUCAUUACCUGAUUUCCCAUUUCAACCUUUA